AUGUAUGGCGAGGAAAACCUCAUUGAACCUCUUCCAGUGUCUCCUGAUCAGAUUGCUUCUUUGUGCUACACCUCGGGAACAACAAACUUGCCAAAAGGAGCAAUCAUCACCCACAUGAAUCUCGUGAGCGCAGCAUAUGCUAACACCUUUGGUACCAGCUUUCCCCUGGGCUGCUGUCUCAUGUCAUACUUGCCACUGGUGCACAUUUAUGAGCGGAUUUGCGAAUUGAUGGUAAUCACUGUGGGUGGAUGUAUUGGGUACUCCACUGGCAACCCCUUGGUAUACCAAGCUGCCAUGUCCACUGGUAAUGUGCCGGGUGUGAAGGGUGCUAUUUUCCGAACAGCAGUGCAGAUGAAACUAGAUCAACUUCACAAGACCAGGGUAACUGCCCACGUCAUAUGGGACGCAUUGGUGUUCUGCAAGAUUCAUGCUGCACUUGGAGGGAACGUUUUGCUGAUGGUCACCAGUUCUGCUCCCAUUAGCGGCGAAGUGGUUGAUUUCUUCAAGAUUGCUUUUGGUUGUGGUAUUACAGAAGGCAGUUAUGGCAUGACAGAGAAUUGUGGAGUUUGCACGCACACUUCGCAGGCAGACCCAACUGGUGGCGGGGUGAUCGGCCUGCCUCAACCAAUUCUCGAAGUCAAACUCAUUGACCUUCCAGCGAUGAAUUACCUGUCUAACGAUAAGCCAAACCCAUGUGGAGAGUUAUGUGUCCGCAGCCCAAACUGCUUCAUGGGAUAUUAUAAAGAUGAGAAGACUACCCAGGAGAUGCUGAAGGACAGCUGGAUACACACUGGGGAUGCUGCAGAAGUUGAUAGUUCUGGAUGCUUCAAGAUCAUCGAUCGAGUGAAGGUGCAUUGUCUUUUUUGGCCCACCCCUGGUGCGGCCACCACCAUCGCCCUUAUCUUCUACCCCAUCAUGAAGAGUUCUCAACCCAUCUCCAGCUCCACCGUCACUGUCAAUGGCCGCAUUGCGGGCUCCAUCACCACCAGGACAGCUUUGUGUGACGAUGUUGACGACCUGUAG